GUCCCACACUCGGGCCUCGCAGCCCUGCCCCCCAGGAGCGCUCGCUCCCGCAGCGGCAGCGCCCUGCAGCUCGGCACCCGCGGCGGCGGCGGCGGCGCGCGGCCGGUGGAGUGGGUGGUGCAGGGCAGGGGUGGUAUAUCCAGUCCGACCGAGGGCGGGCCUCGCCAGUGCCAGCACGGGGACGAGCCGGGGCGGAGGCGCCAGGAGCCGCCGCCGGGAGCCUCACGAGGACCACUCACUCUAUGGCCCUCGGGAGUCGCUGAGCACAGCAGAGCCGCAGCCGCCCGCCCGCCGCCCCUCGCCGCCCCUCGCCGGCCCGGCCCGCGCCUCCCGCCGCCAUGAACCACUCGCCGCUCAAGACCGCCUUGGCUUACGAAUGCUUCCCGGACCAGGACAGCUCGACGCUGGCUUUGCCUUCGGACCAAAAGAUGAAGACGGGCACGUCGGGCAGGCAGCGCGUGCAGGAGCAGGUGAUGAUGACCGUCAAGCGGCAGAAGCCCAAGUCUUCCCAGUCGUCCACCCUGAGCCACUCCAACCGAGGUUCCAUGUAUGAUGGCUUGGCCGACAAUUACAACAACUAUGGGACCACCAGCCGGAGCAGCUACUACUCCAAGUUCCAGGCGGGGAAUGGCUCGUGGGGAUAUCCGAUCUACAACGGGACCCUCAAGCGGGAGAAUGACAACAGGCGCUUCAGUUCCUACAGCCAGAUGGACAACUGGAGCCGGCACUACCCACGGGGCCCCUGUCCCACGACCGGCGCAGGCAGUGACAUCUGCUUCAUGCAGAAGAUCAAGGCAAGCCGCAGCGAGCCUGACCUCUACUGUGACCCUCGGGGCACCCUGCGCAAGGGCACGCUGAGCAACAGGGGCCAGAAGACCACCCAGAACCGCUAUAGCUUCUACAGCACCUGCAGCGGCCAGAAGGCAGUCAAGAAGUGCCCUGUGCGCCCGCCUUCCUGCACCUCCAAGCAGGACCCCGUGUACGUCCCGCCCAUGUCCUGCAACAAGGACCUGUCCUUUGGCCACUCGAGGGCCAGCUCCAAGAUCUGCAGCGAGGAUAUCGAGUGCAGUGGGCUGACCAUCCCCAAGGCUGUGCAGUACCUGAGCUCCCAGGAUGAGAAGUACCAGGCCAUUGGGGCCUAUUACAUCCAGCAUACCUGCUUCCAGGAUGAAUCGGCCAAACAACAGGUCUAUCAGCUGGGAGGCAUCUGCAAGCUGGUGGACCUCCUCCGGAGCCCCAACCAGAACAUCCAGCAGGCUGCGGCUGGGGCCCUGCGUAACCUGGUGUUCCGGAGCGUCACCAACAAGCUAGAGACGCGGAGGCAGAAUGGGAUCCGAGAGGCUGUCAGCCUCCUGAGGAGAACUGGGAGCACUGAGAUCCAGAAACAACUAACCGGGCUGCUCUGGAACCUGUCCUCCACUGAUGAGCUGAAGGAGGAGCUCAUCGCGGACGCCCUGCCUGUGCUGGCCGACCGGGUCAUCAUUCCCUUCUCCGGCUGGUGUGAUGGCAACAGCAACAUGACCCGGGAAAUGGUGGACCCUGAAGUCUUCUUCAAUGCCACAGGCUGCUUGAGGAACCUGAGCUCUGCCGAUGCAGGCCGCCAGACCAUGCGAAACUACACGGGGCUCAUUGAUUCCCUUAUGGCCUAUGUCCAGAACUGCGUGGCCGCCAGCCGCUGUGAUGAGAAGUCCGUGGAGAACUGCAUGUGUAUCCUGCACAACCUGUCCUACCGCCUGGACGCCGAGGUGCCCACCCGCUACCGCCAGCUGGAGUACGGCGCGCGCAACGCCUACACCGAGAAAUCCUCCACGGGCUGCUUCAGCAACAAGAGCGACAAGAUGAUGAACAACAACUACGACUGCCCCCUUCCGGAGGAAGAGACCAACCCCAAGGGCAGCGGCUGGCUGUACCAUUCAGAUGCCAUCCGCACCUACCUGAACCUCAUGAGCAAGAGCAAGAAAGACGCCACCUUGGAGGCCUGCGCUGGUGCCCUGCAGAACCUGACCGCCAGCAAGGGGCUGAUGUCCAGCGGCAUGAGCCAGUUGAUCGGGCUCAAGGAAAAGGGCUUGCCACAAAUUGCUCGCCUCCUGCAAUCUGGCAACUCUGAUGUGGUGCGGUCCGGAGCGUCCCUCCUGAGCAACAUGUCCCGCCACCCAGUGCUGCACCGAGCCAUGGGGAACCAAGUGUUCCCAGAGGUGACCAGGCUCCUCACCAGUCACACUGGGAACACCAGCAACUCGGAAGACAUCCUGUCCUCGGCCUGCUACACUGUGAGGAACCUGAUGGCCUCCCAGCCUCAGAUGGCCAAGCAGUACUUCACCAGCAGCAUGGUCAACAACGUCAUCAACCUGUACCGCAGCAGUGCCUCACCCAAGGCUGCAGAAGCUGCCCGCCUCCUCCUGUCUGACAUGUGGUCCAGCAAGGAACUGCAGGGCGUCCUCAGACAGCACGGCUUGGAUAGGAACAUGCUGGGAACCUUAGCCGGGCCCAACAGCCUCAGGAACUUCACCUCCCGAUUCUAAGAAGGGGCUGCCCAAGCAAGUACAGAUUGCAGAAAUGAUAUGAUCCAGCUGAGAAGACCUCAGGCCUUGCUGGAGGGGUGAUUCUGCCCACCCUGUGCAGUGUUUGGAAAAGUUCACAUGCAAUUGAAAGCAAACCUGAAAACUGUGGAUGAUGGAAACAUUUUUAGAUUUUUUUUUUCCUUGGGGGAACUGGCAGGCAAGGGGGGUUGGGAAGGGUGGGGGGGGACUUUUCUUGAGUUAAAGGGGCUUAUAUUUCAUGUCAAUACUUCUUUUGCUGAGAAAUGGUAUAUAUAUAUGUAUAGGGUAAGUGUGUGUGUGAGCGCACGCGCACGCAUGCUUGUGCAUGAGUGCCUAAAAGUGUGACCACAAACUGCAAAAAGCUAAGUAAGCUGUUUCUGCAGCUCAUGAGGUGGUAAAAAGGACUCUCACUCUCCCACGUUUCCCACACGACCUGUGCUUUUUGUUUAGCGGCCUGUAGUUCCCAAAAUAUGUCAUGCCAGGGCAGGGGACCCGCACCAGGGUCAAGUCCACAAGAAACCUUGCGAGGGAACCAUCCCCCGGGCGAGGGUAGGGGGGAGGUGGGAGGGGAGAGUAACUGGGGCUCGGGCCAACCUACCCCCCGUAAGAGGCAGCUUUGCAGGAAGGGAGGCUGGCAGGGCUGCUGAGGUUCAGUGUAUCUCAUGGGAAACUUUAGUCGUCUGAUCAUGCCUCCCUUCCCGCAGGGCCACAGGACCUGGGGCUGGACAGGGUUGGGGCUCCAGGGGACGGGCAAGGACAGUCAUGCUUGCUUUGCUAUCUGAAGUCUGCUCUGGGGUGCAGGAGCCAGAGCGAUGGGGCUGGCCAUGCUCUUGGGCUGCAUACCCGUCAGAGGAGGCUCAGCCUGGAAAGCCCCUGCCUUCAGGGGCUUGUCAUCUAUUUAUUUCAGGAGAAAGAAGGCAAAAUGGUGCUCAAAGCCAAAGAGCUGUUUGGGGAAUGGCUGUUUGGUCUUCACAUUCCCAGUGGUGAGGGGGACAGCUGGGGCCCCGGUGGGACGGUGGCCAUUUGGAAAUUAACCAGGAGGAUACUUCCUUGCUAAGACUCAAGAGAGGGAGGGUUCUGGGUCUCAGGAGACUUGGAAGAUGGGAAUUUGGAUAGAACAGGAAAGGGAGCUGUCACUUCAGGGCACCAACAAGCUCCAGCUCCAGCCCCAGCCGGAGGCGAACCCCACCUUACCCUGAAAACCAGCCAUCCUGUCUCCACUCUGUCUUAGGGAAAACCACAGAGGAUGUGAUAUAAGAGGCUUGUCAGGGGCACCAGCCACACCCAAGACCCCAGACUCGUGUGCAUUUCAGAGGAGAGGAAGUAGGAGGACCUCAGGAGAGCCUCAUGGAAAAGCUCGCUGUAAAUAGCCCUUAGUAUACACUGUAAGAUAGAGCAGAACGUGGGUUCCCAAGGCUUCCUGAUGUCUGCCUCUGCCGCCUGCACCAACAUUGUUGGUGCCAGCUAGGAAUUGGCUCCCUGGUCCACAGGCUUCUCUAGAAGAAUAAGAGGAGCUCCUCACUCUUCAUUCGUCCUCAUCCUCCUCCCAGGCCCCCUGCCCCCCACCCCGCUCUACCCCCCCGUCCAACCCCACUUCUUACCUCAGCAGUCAGAACAGAAAAGUACCCUUCUGGAUGACGGAUGUGCCUGUUAAGACAUGUGACAGACUGGGGCCAGCCCUGUGAUGAUGGGCCAUUUAAUCAGUGUCCCCCACUGCUGUGGGUCCGUGAUGCCCUCCCCCCUUGUUGCUCAUGAUGGAAGGCCUCUUCCUGACUCCCUCUCUCUCAGGGGCCACGUGGGAGCGUGGUCCCACCAGGCUGUCCUGGGUGUAGGUUCCAGGAUGACUCCUCUGCCGAUCACCAGGGCUCAGAGGAAUUCAUUUCUUAAAAAAAAUACGUAUGGAGCACCAGGAUGUGCCAGGCAGUGUUGUAAGCACACAGGAUACAUCCGUGAACCAAACAGACCACUGCCCCGUCCUCAUGCAGCUUACAUUCUCAGAGAAGAAGGAGGAGACACGGGGUGCUUGGCUUUGGGGAUCCCCCCUGUGUGAGAGGAUUGUCCAAUCCAGUCAGGACAAGAGAGAAAUAGCCCACUACCAGUGAGGCUGUGGCUCUCAGCCCCUCACCCCCAGGGAGGUGCCCCUUCCCUUAGCCCUGCCCUCACUUCCUGCCACUUCUCUGCUGGAUUUCUGUCACCAGCCAGGGUGAAGAGCCAGGUGGACCCAGCCCUCUGCCUUGGGGAACAGUGGGCUGGAUGGACAGUUAGGCCAGGCCUGAUUUUGUAACCUCUUGUGCUUUCUUCAGCCCGCCAGCUGGGCCCGUCACCCGGGCCUCGGACCCGUGGCCUUUGGAAGAGGCAACGCUGAGAGAGUCCUGAGGAGGCAUUUCCCAAAGACAGGGAGGAAGGGGUUUGCCGAGGCCCACACUGGCCUCAUGCUACCAGGGCUGACACCCCAAACAAGACAUUCCAAUUUGGGGCCAAUGGGGAAGGACAAAGACUACUCAGUCUCUGCCUGUCCCUGCCCUAACCCCAGGAUCUCUUGUGCUUCAGACAGAUCUGGUCAUUGGCCACCAGCAGCCUGUCCAGUGGGGGCCACAUCAGCAUCGCAGACCCCACGCUUCCCCUAGUGAUGCAGUGAAGGGUGUUCUCCAGACACGUGGGGACAGUGAUGUUCUCUCUUGUCCACCCCAGAGCCUGGCUGAAAGGUGGGAUGGCCAGGAUGAGGAAGGCUGGGAGGAUGGGAUGGGCAGGGGGAGAUGAGCCGAGGGAAGCCCGGGGGAUGAUGCUGGAGGUACCCUGGAGCCCCUCUGGAGCCCAGCCUUCCAUUUGCCCCAUGUUUGUAUAAGAACCUUGCGCUGGCCAGGCCCAGUUUCCCUGUGUGAUGCACUAUGUAUUUGCUUUUGUGGAAAUAUAGGAAAUCAAUAAAUUGCUGGCAUUUCUGUGAA